AUGACGCUGUCUCUUGUACUGCUACUAGGGACAUGUGUCCGUGGUUUUCUAUUUGCUAUUCCUUCCCUCCAUGAAACUCUUUCGUCUCGACCCGAGCUAGUGACGCCCGUUUCAUCCUUUUAUCGUCUCGAAGAAGGCGUUUUUCUCUACCAUACAACCGAUUCGCCUUAUUCCGGGGACGUAUAUCAUCAACCCCCACUACUCUUCGCUCUACUGUAUCCUGUGCUCCAGUUUGUCCCGUUGGCCCUUCAAUACUUUAUUAGAUGUGCCGUAUUCAUUUCUGUAGAUUUGCUACUGGUCAUGGGCUUUGCUCGUCUCUGUGCAAGGAAUUUGAAGCUGGAAGAAGGACGCCACUUUAAGAUCCAUGGACGGGAGAUUUGGCUCAGCCAAGUGCCCGUUUCGCCUCUCUUUCAACCUAAGACCUUACCUACUACUGCAGCUUUUAUUGCUUUGAUGAACCCAUUUUCCUUGGCCUCGAGUGUUGCCAUGUCUACGGUAUCAUUUACCCAUUUGGCAGUGCUUUAUAGCUUGGUCUUUGCUUCAGAAGGAGCUGUUGCUGCAUCCAUGAUGUGUGUGGCUGUAGGCUCGUAUCUGUCGGUCUAUCCGUUCUUCUUGAUGCUGCCAAUUAUGCUGCUACUGUGUAGUGCUAAGACUGACACGACUACUGACAACAAAGCAAGUGGAGUGACAGCAACGCUUGGUUUAAAGUGUCUUGUUUCUUUUGGUCUCUGGCUGGGUCUGCUGUUCUACUUGUCUUGGAGUUUUACUGGAGACUGGACAUUCUUGGAGGAAACCUACGUUUGGGUCGCAAAGUUCUCGGAUUUGACCCCGAAUAUUGGUAUAUUCUGGUACUUUUUCAUGGAGGUCUUUGAUCGCUUCAUCCCGUACUUCCUUUUCGUGAUGCACCUCCAUCCCGUCAUCUACGUUGUCCCGAUCUAUCUCCGCUUAGCACAUCGACCACAAGCCUACGCAUGUGCGUUGAUCGGAACUUUCUCUCUUUUCCAGGCGUACCCCUCCUUUGGUGACUUUGGAUUUUUCCUUUCGAUGCUGGCGCUGCACCCGAAAACGAUCAUGACAAUCGAGAAUCGAUUUGUCUACGUAAUUGGUCUGGGUGCGGCGACAUGCAUGUUGCCUGUGAUGUGGUUUCUGUGGUUGUUUCCGGCCUCUGGCAAUGCAAACUUCUUUUACAACCAGACGUUGGUGUACCAGAUCUUCAGUUCCCAGAUUAUCACUGCGUUUGUUGGUGCGACGAUGAAACGCGACAAGGAUGUGGACAAAUACCGGAUGCGAGUUCUAACAAAACUUGAGCAGGCCAAGGUUGAAGCGCGCGAAUAG